UCCGUGUUUACCAGCGCGAGCGAGCAGGCAGGCAGGCGGCUGCAGGAACAGCACUGAGCUGCAGGAAUACAGACGCGCUGUUAUAUCACACACUGACUGAAUGCUGAAGUGCGCUCCAAAAUAGAUUUUUACACCGGAAUGUUCACUCGCAGGGGUUAUGGAGACGUCAAGAAAUCUACACAGAAAGUUCUGGACCCAAAGAAGGAUGUACUGACCCGUCUAAAGCAUCUGCGCUCUCUGUUAGAUAAUACAGAGAGGAAUGAACUGAAGACAUUUUUUGAAACCAACAGCUCGCAGAUUUAUUUUAUCUUCUAUGAAAAUUUCAUUACACUGGAAAGUAACCUAAAGCAAAAAGGGAAUAAAUCUCAACGGGAGGAGCUGGACUCCAUUCUCUUUAUUUUUGAAAAAAUUCUUCAACUUCUUCCAGAGAAAAUAAACAGUCGAUGGCAGUUUCACAGUAUAGGUUCUAUUCUUAAAAAACUUUUGCACACUGGAAACUCUUUCAAGAUCCGCUGUGAGGGCAUCCGACUGUUCCUGCUCUGGCUGCAGGCUCUGCAGACUAACUGUUCUGAAGAGCAGUUGCUCAUUUUCGCCUGCCUGGUGCCUGGCUUCCCCGCAGUGACCUCCUCCAGAGGUCCCUGCACGCUAGAUACCAUCAUUUACAGUCCCUUUUCCCAUCCUCCUGAUGCUAAGAUCGUACCUGAGGAGAUUACCCCUCUCGUGCCUGCUGUUCUUGGUGAGAAAGUAGCCGAUGACCAGACUUGCUUCUUCCUUCAAGCUGUGCUAAAGUUCAUGGUGCUCCAGGCAUCCAGUCUGGAAUGGCUCAAGAAAGACAAACAAGACUCAGGCUUCAGGUUUCUCUUCACGCUCUUUAAGAAAUACUACCUGCCUCACAUCUUCCCCUCCUUCACCAAACUCACCAAUCUUUAUAAACCACUACUGGACCUUCCCCACCACAGACCAAAACCCUUGUAUGUGCCAGUGUCGCGCAACAACGAAAGCACCUUCUGCACGCGGGAUCAGUACCUGGCGCCCCGUGUAGCCUUUAUCACCUGGCUGGUCAACUUCUUCCUGGAAAAGAAGUAUGUGAGCUCAGCUACAAGCAGCACUAAGAACGGAGGAGAAGUUUUCCCCAAAAUCAUCCAGACUGUAACUGCAGGCAGUAUCAGUCAGGACAGAAGUAGCGAAUCCGAGGCAAAUGGUCCAGUAGAGCAGGAGAAAAACCACUCGAACAGCAGCACGCUGUCUGAUCGCAGAGGCAGUAACUCGAGCAUAUGCAGCAUCGAGGAGGAGCACCGCUCUGUUUAUGACAUGGUCCAGUGCAUCCUGCUCUCCACACGAGACAACGUCAACUUUGUCAAUGAAGUCUUUCACCAGGCCUUCCUGUUGCCGUCCUGUGAAGCGUCUGCCACCCGUAAGGUGAUUAAAGUGUACAGGAAAUGGAUCCUGCAGGAGAGACCCACUUUUAUGACCGAGCCAGUUAAAAGUGAGCGCAAUGAGGAGGCUGAGGAGCCACUGCAACCGGUUGAGAUCGAUGUUACACAUUCACAGGAGACUCAUGGACACAAGAGAUCAUCCAGUUGGGGGAGGACUUACUCCUUUAGCAGUGCUAUCAGCAGAGGUUGUUUGACUGAGGAACAGAACAUUGAUGUAAAAGCUGGCAUCCAGCCCACCCUGCAGGUCUUUCUCACCAACUCGGCUAACGUGUUUCUGUUGGAGCCAUGUCAAGAUGUGCCCAAACUGCUGGACAACCAAGUGGAGGUCUGCAGAGCAGUGCUCAGUAUCUACCGCCACAUGAUCAUGGAGCAGAACAUGAGUCGACAGACUUGGGAGCAGAUGCUGCAAGUGCUGCUGAGAAUCACUGAAUCAGUAAUGAAGAGGUCUGAGGAUACCCACAAGAAAGAUGAUUUUGCCCAGAAGCUGGCUAGUGUUCUCUUCAGAACCAUCAUUGUGGCAUGGGUUCGGGCCAACCUGAGUGUGUUUAUCUCUCGUGAGCUGUGGGACGACCUGCUGGCAGUUCUGUCCUCUCUAAGCCACUGGGAGGAGCUGGUGAUUGAGUGGGCAAGCAUCAUGGACUCUCUGACCGUAGUGUUGGCCCGCUGUGUCUAUGGCUUGGACCUUAACAACCUUCCUCUUGACAAGCUUUCUGAACAGAAAGAGAAGAGGCAGCGGGGUCGAGGAGGCAUGCUGGACUCUCAGAAAUCUACAGCAGUAUCACGGUCAUUUUCUCUGAGCUGGAGGAAUGCAGGUGAGCAGCCAGGAGCCCAGGAACCCAUGCGCAUCCGCAGUGCCACCACAACCGGAGCCCCCGCUGUGGAGAAAGCCCGCAACAUCGUCCGACAGAAAGCAUCAGAUGUGGAGGAGUGUCAGUUAUCUGAAUGUGGUGGAGAAGGAGAUAUGGGGGAUGGAGACGGUCCCCUUCUUCGCAGUAGCAGCACCUCAGAUAUUACCCAGCAGCUUACCGACUCCUUCCCAGCUCAGCAGAGGGAGGAAUCUCCAAACACAGGCAGCUCUGAUGGCAGCUCAGCAGGGAAAAGGGAAUCUGAAGCCCCCACAAUUCUGGUUCGGCAGAGCAGCAGUCCAGCAGACCUUGACUCUACAGGAGGUACAGGAUCUUUGAGUGUAAAGACGAGGCAUUACGAGAAGAGUGAAAGCAUAAGCAGCGAGGCCUCAAACUGCUACCUUAGUGAUGCAGAUGUAAAUCCACUGACGUGGCCUACCUUGGAAGAGGAACACGACCCUCCCUCUCCUAAUGAUGUCACUGUGAGCGUUAGCAUGGAAAUGACUGCUGAUACAGAAAGCCAGAGGAGCCUCCUGCUCAGCCAGAGUGAGGCACUGGCAGGUUCCGAGUGUAUGCACUUGCUCCACUCUGCCCCUCUGUCCCCAUGUCCCCCUAUCUCACCCACCCUGCUCCUGCCCCAAGGCUACAGCGACGGCUCUCAGCUUCUGGAGGACGCCAUGCACAUGCCUCAUGAUCUGGACAGCAGUGAGUUUCUGGCUGACGACGUUAGCAUCAUAGCAGGAGGCAGUUUGACUGGCUGGCAUGCUGACUCAGCCUUUGUACUCUGGAGAAGGAUAUUGGGUAUUCUGGGGGAUGUUAACAACAUUCGAUGCCCUCGUAUCCAUUCCAAGGUUUUUUGCUACCUGUAUGAGCUCUGGCACAAGCUGGCAAAGAUAAGAGAUAACCUAGGAAUUAAUGUGGAUAGCCAGUCACCUCUGCCCAGACCUCUGUUCAUUCCUCCUCUUCGAAUGCUAGCCUCCUGGCUCUUCAAGGCCACCAUGUUACCUGCAGAGUUUAAGCAUGGGAAGCUGCAGGCUUAUAGGCUGAUUUGUGAGAUGAUGACUAAACAUCAGGAUGUGCUGCCCAACAGUGACUUCCUGGUACACCUCUACCAUGUCAUGCACAAGGGCUUCACCAAUGAUGAUCAGGAUGUGCUGAACACAAUAAUCAGGUGCUGCUCACCACGCUUCUUCUUUCUCGGCCUGCCCGGCUUUUCCAUGUUGGUGGGAGAUUUCAUCACUGCUGCUGCCCGUGUCCUCAAUGCCGACACCACAGAGGGUCCCAGAAUUGAAGCCCAAACAGUCCUCGGCUCUCUGGUCUGCUUUCCAAACUUGUACCAGCAAGUUCCUUCACUACAGUCCACACCAAAAACUCCGGAUAUUGUGGUGGACAGAAAGAACAUAAAGGACUACCUUGUAAGCAUUCUGCUGAAGACGGCACGGAAUGAACCAUCUGAAGGGGCAAGGUGUAUUGCUAUCUGCAGUCUGGGUCUCUGGGUAUGUGAGGAGCUGGGGCAGCAGAAGAUCCAUCCUCAAGUGUUAGAUGCCAUCAAUGUGAUGGGUGUCACGUUAAAGUUUGGUAAUAAGGUGGUAGCGCAUGUAGCCUGUGACAUAUUCCAGCUGCUGAUCUGUCACUGGCAGCACCUGCAGAAACUGGAGCGCUCCCUACCGAAGAGAAUCAUUGAGAUCUUUGUAGCAACCAUAGCAUUCCUUUUGCCUAAUGCUGAACACUCAACAGUGGAGGCAGAUAAGAAGUUAAUGGUGUCCUUGUUGCUCUGCUUGCUUGACUGGUGUAUGGCUGUCCCUCUGUCCAUCUUACUGGAGCCCAUCACUAUACCGAUGCUGGAUGAUCCUGCUUCUCACAAAACACCUCUUUUGGACUACAUUUACAGGGUUCUUCACUGCUGUGUAUCAGGCUCAAACCUGCACACUCAGCAGAGCCACUACCUGCUCAGUCUGGCAGAUCUGUCUGUAGGCUACGACCCUUUCCUGUCACUGGGCCAAAUCAAGAGCUCCGAGCAGCCGCUUAUGCACAACACCACAGGAGAGUUCGGCAAUCUUCUCACUGUGGCUGAGGAAAAGAAACGGAGGAACAUCGAGUUAAUUCCUCUGACGGCUCGAAUGAUAAUGACUCAUCUUGUAAACCAUUUGGGUCAUCAUCCCCUCAGUGGUGGUCCUGCACUGCUGCACAGCCUGGUGAACGAGAACCAUGAUAACCCAUAUGUGGAGUCUUCUGAACUCUCCUCUGAGGUCUUCAAAAGCCCCAACCUGCAACUCUUUGUUUUUAAUGACAGCACACUGGUGUCAUACCUUCAGGUUCCCUCUGAGCCCACAACUAUGUCAAACCCAAACCCAGCCGAGCACUCAUCUGAGGUGCGAGUAAUCGUGCGUGACAUCUCCGGAAAGUACUCAUGGGACGGCAGUGUCCUUUACAAGACUUUAGAGGGGAAAAGUAUGCAAUUUAGCAGUGAUGGAGAUUCCUCUUCUUUCCAUCGCAACAGCCAUUCAUCUAUCCACUCUAUGCAGAGCUCAUCUCAGACCAGCAGAUGCUCAUCUGAGGUUGAGAUUGAGGACAGUGUGGACGUGUUGGAUCAGCUUUUGGAGGAGCUGGGCCAGAGCAGCCCAGAGUGCCUACCCCAGCCUCAGCAAAGACUUACACAACCUGCACCAGCACCCAUAGGCAUGAACUCAGAGAUAGAAAGUGUCAUCAUGGAGGCCAUUCACAGACAGACACGGCUAGAGGAGGAAGAGCUCACCUGCAGACGGAGUGAAGACCCCAGUGUCAAAGCCGCCAGCCAGAAAGAGCCCACUCACCAGGAGCCUAAAGCACCUUUUUACUUCUGCCGCCUGCUUCUCAAUGAGCUGGGCAUGAACUCAUGGGACCGCAGAAAAAGCUUUCAUCUCCUGAAGAAGAACUCAAAGCUCUUAAGAGAACUUAAGAAUUUGGAUUCUAGGCAGUGUCGUGAGACACACAAAAUCGCUGUGUUCUACAUCGGCGAGGGUCAGGAGGACAAGUGCUCCAUAUUGUCUAAUACUCAAGGAAGCCAAGCUUAUGAAGACUUUGUCUCUGGACUAGGAUGGGAGGUGGAUCUUUCUACUCACUGUGGCUUCAUGGGUGGUUUGCAAAGGAAUGGCAGCACAGGACACACUGCACCUUAUUACGCUACCUCGAACGUAGAGGUCAUCUUUCACGUGUCCACCCGGAUGCCCUCUGACUCUGAUGACUCCAUCACCAAAAAGCUUCGCCAUCUGGGAAAUGAUGAAGUGCACAUUGUGUGGUCCGAGCACACGCGGGACUACCGGCGGGGCAUUAUUCCUACUGAUUUUGGAGAUGUACUCAUCAUCAUCUAUCCCAUGAAGAAUCACAUGUACUUCAUUCAGAUCAUGAAGAAACCACAGGUCCCUUUCUUCGGCCCUCUGUUUGAUGGAGCAAUUGUCACUGGAACACUACUUCCAAGUCUGGUUCGGUCUACUUGCAUCAACGCCAGCAGGGCAGUGAAGUCUCGCCUGACUCUCUACCAGAGCUUCUAUGAGGAGCGGGCUCUCUAUCUAGAGGCCAUCAUCAUGAACCACAAGGAAAACAUGACGUUCGAGGAUUUUGCCGCCCAGGUCUUCUCACCCUCCCCCACAUACUACCCAAUGAGUGGUACAGGCUCCCUCAGCGGCAGCACGAGCGCUGAGCUAAGCGUUACCGUGACGAUCAGCGAACCCACCGAGCAGCCUUCACCCACCAUGCCACGCGCAUCCAAGAACCGGGUUUCAGGAAAACUCCGCCGCUCUGCCAGCGCCAUCAGCAAGGCCUCCAACUGAGCCCCUUCUUCAAACAAUAAGCACUUCAUCAAGCUUUUUCAGACUGCAGAGGACUGUGCUACAUGCAUGUCUGUAUGAUUGUAUGUUUUUCACUUCUAACUGUAUUUGUUCUGUAUAGUUUUGUUAGCACUUGGAGAUGAGAGGACUGUCACGUUAAUGCAAUGCUUUUCUAAAGCUGAAUGAUCUGACGUAGUGCGAAACUCAGUGUGGGCUGGAAAGAACUAAGGGAGGUUUUACACUUGCACUUUUGUUCCAUACCUGAGUCUGUCUAAACCCUGACUUUGGUACUUGUAGUUUUAUUGCCCUGUACUUUGAAAAUGGGAGUCUGAAGUUUUAAGUGAGCUCUGGGGCAGACCGUCCUAUGUGGGGGAAAAAAUCAUUGAUGCCAGUCAUGAUAGGUUGACGUUAUCCUACAUUUUAAGUUUUAACACUUAUGGGAAGGGGGAUGCUACAUAUUAGUUAUGCCUGGGAGCCCCUCCAAAGUGUAUUGACACCCCCAGUUAAUAUAUUAAAUACAAAUUUAUUAAUAAAUAUUCCCACAAA